GCUGGGGGAGGGGGCGCCGGGCGGGGGCAGCCGCGGGGUGGGGGGUGCUUCUCCCGGGACUCCUGCCUGCUCCGGGCACAGCCUUCGGGGGCGCCUAAAACACGCCUUGCCACGCAGUCCCCUCCACACAAGUUUCAUUUCUGAUAGGCGAGUACAAGGAAGUGAAAUGACCUGUACCAGGUCACAGCUCUGGCCAACCCUGGGGUCCUGAGGGCCGGUCCCCGGAUUUGCCUGCGGUACUGCCGGGCCGUCGGCUGGGGGCUGAGCUCCCAGCCCCGCGGGCCGGGCCGCCGCGGGGGACUACAACUCCCACAAUGCGCUCGGCCCAGCCUCCCUCCCCGGCCGCCUCAGGAGAGCCAGUAGGAGAGCAGGGUUUCCAGGGGCCGUUCUCGGCGGCCAAUAAGCGCGGCGGGGGGCGGGCCUCUCCCGUCCAUUGUUCUCGGUGCCCCUCGGGCUUGAGCCGCGGAGGAUCUGGAGGGGCCGUGUCGUGCCCGGGGGCGCUUUUGCGUGCGGAGUGGCCGCGGAAGCCCGACCUGGUCUCCCGAGAGCCCCACCGCUUGUUGAAAUUUGAAGAGGGAGUUGUCUUCUCAGCGAGCCUGGCUCUAGAAGACUCAAGUUCAAGGCUAGAAGCCUGCGUGAUUGCCCUGGGAAGGUGGGUGAUGGCUGCAGAGGGGCCAAGAGGAACCGCUCCCCCGAGCCCCUUGGUCCAGGGGCCUCAAGAGGAAGAUGAACAGGAGGAGGUCACCACCAUGAUCCUGGAGGAUGACUCUUGGGUACAGGAAGCUGUACUUCAGGAGGAUGGCCCUGAGUCCCAGCCCCUCCCCCAGAGCGCUGGCAAGGGCAGCCCCCCCGGGGAGGCUGCUGGAGCACCUCAGGGUGCGCUUGGCCGCCUUCGGGAGCUCUGCCGGCGCUGGCUGAGGCCAGAGGUGCACACCAAGGAACAGAUGCUGACGGUGCUCCCAAGAGAAAUCCAGGCCUGGCUGCAAGAGCACCGGCCCGAGAGCAGCGAGGAGGCCGUGGCCCUGGUGGAAGACCUGACCCAGACCCUUCGGGGCGGUGAUUUUGAGAUCCAGAGCGAGAACGGGGAGAACUCCACUCAAGAUCUUUUCGAGGACGUGGAGGCCCGCGAGCUGUUCUCGGAGACGCCCGACGGGGAGGGCGCUCGGCAGUCGGACUGGGAAAGUGACUCGGAGAGGGACUGGGGGCGCGGAGGGGCCCCGGCCGAGGCCCGCGGGCGGGUGCCGGCCCCGGGCGGGGGGCCGGGGCAGCUCAUAGGCCUGCAGGGCACCUACCUGGGUGAGAAGCCGUACGAGUGUCCGCAGUGCGGCAAGACCUUCAGCCGCAAGUCCCACCUGAUCACGCACGAGCGCACGCACACGGGCGAGAAGCACUACAAGUGCGGCGAGUGCGGGAAGAGCUUCAGCGACGGCUCCAACUUCAGCAGACACCAGACCACGCACACGGGCGAGAAGCCGUACAAAUGCCGGGACUGCGGCAAGAGCUUCAGCCGCAGCGCCAACCUCAUCACGCACCAGCGCAUCCACACGGGCGAGAAGCCCUUCCAGUGCGCCGAGUGCGGCAAGAGCUUCAGCCGCAGCCCCAACCUCAUCGCGCACCAGCGCACGCACACGGGCGAGAAGCCGUACGCGUGCCCCGAGUGCGGCAAGAGCUUCGGCAACCGCUCGAGCCUCAACACGCACCAGGGCAUCCACACGGGCGAGAAGCCGUAUGCGUGCAAGGAGUGCGGCGAGAGCUUCAGCUACAACUCCAACCUCAUCCGCCACCAGCGCAUCCACACGGGCGAGAAGCCCUACAAGUGCGCCGAGUGCGGCCAGAGCUUCAGCCAGAGCUCGGCGCUCAUCACGCACCGGCGCACGCACACGGGCGAGAAGCCGUACCAGUGCGCCGAGUGCGGCAAGAGCUUCAGCCGCAGCUCCAACCUGGCCACGCACCGCCGCACGCACCUGCUGGAGAAGCCGUACAAGUGCGGCGAGUGCGGCAAGAGCUUCAGCCAGAGCUCCAGCCUCAUCGCGCACCAGGGCACGCACACGGGCGAGAAGCCCUACGAGUGCCGGACGUGCGGCGAGAGCUUCAGCUGGAGCUCCAACCUCGUCAAGCACCAGCGCAUCCACACGGGCGAGAGGCCGCACCGCUGCGGCGACUGCGGCAAGGCCUUCGGGCAGCGCUCGCAGCUGGCGGCGCACCGGCGGACGCACACGGGCGAGCGGCCCUUCCAGUGCGUCCUGUGCGGCAAGCGCUUCAGCCGCGGCUCCAUCCUGGUCAUGCACCAGCGCGCGCACCGCGGCGACAAGCCGUACCGCUGCCCCGAGUGCGGCAAGGGCUUCAGCUGGAACUCGGUGCUCAUCAUCCACCAGCGCAUCCACACCGGCGAGAGGCCCUACAAGUGCCCCGAGUGCGGCAAGGGCUUCAGCAACAGCUCCAACUUCAUCACCCACCAGAGGACUCACGUCAAGGACAAGCUGGGCUGAGGGGCGGCCCCGGUGGUCGCGGCCGAAGCCCCGGCACAGAGCACAGGGACGGAGGGAUGGUUUCAUUCCGCGGCGCG